ACAGUCAACAAUUGUAUCAAACAGUUCGAUCGGUAUGUCAUCCAAUAGAAAAACAGACUAAUUUGUCAGUUCAUACGCGCAUCAUGUAUAUCUGUAUGCGUAUAUACAGAUAGAGUAUAGGUAGAAUGCAUUUGUAGAAAUAAUGGCCGACUACUGCCUGUAAUCGCAAACAGAGGCAAGCAGUUUUCAUUCGUGAUUCGAGUGAAACAAAGUUUUGCUUUGCUUUGAAGUAAACAGUAGACGAGGAUGUAUCAUUUUUUUACUUCAAUCGAUAAUGCCGAUACACGAGUAACCAUGCAAGUUUACUAGUUCGCCUGAAUUUGAAAGCGAAUAAAAUCAAGAUUCGAAUAAAAUUUGAAAUUGUAUAUCUGUAUAUAUAUACAUUUACAUAUAUAUGUAUAUAUAAAGAUAUAUAUACAUAUGUGUAGGUACGAAUAUAAAAAUGAGGGGAAAAAAGUUCAUAAAAUAGAAACGUUUACCGUGUGACCGUUUUCUUUAUGAUGCGACUUUUUGUCCCAUUCGGAUGGGGACACUUUGCUCGAAGGAAGAAAGAUAUCUCUGGUCGCGAUGCGACUUAAACGGUACACUUCGCUUUUCUUUCUCAAAUUAACUAUAUCCGAGCUAUUUUUCUUCGUAUUUCAUUGAAUUUCUUCACGUACUAUCCGAAACAUCUGACAUCAUGGUACACAUACCAAGCGCAUACACUUACAAUUUUUGGGCAAAGUCACCCACAGAAGUCGUUGAACUGACCUGUUUGAUGCCAAAUGGGGUCGUUAUACCAUUUGAAACUAACCGAAAUAUUACUUUGGCUGAAAUAAAAGAGGAUUUGUGGGACGAAGCCAGCAAGUAUCCUCUUCAUGGCACGUUAAAAGAUGCUCCGUCCUAUGUAUUUUCAUGCAUUAAUUCUAACGCCGAAGCAGAAGAACUACGAGAUGAAACUAGACGCCUGUGCGAUAUAAAACCAUUUUGUUCCGUGUUUAAAGUUAUAGAACGUGAAGGUGUCAAAAGUGAUAGAAACUUAGAUUCCCAAAUUGGUCUUCUCAUUGGGAAAGGUUUACACGAAUUCGCGGCAUUAAAAAAUUCUGAAGUGAAUGACUUUAGGUGGAAAAUGCGUGUCUUAGGAGAUGAAGUUGCAAUGGCAAGGCAAAAAAAGUCUUGGAUGGAGAAAGUACGUUAUCAGUUUCCUACACGAUUAGCUCCAACUGCCAAUGUACCAAAAAAUAUUGAAUGUCGGUUAAAAGAUGGGAAUAUCGUCCUUGUCACUAAAUUUGAAAACACCAAGACGGCCUUCACGUUUCAAACAUCACACACCACGACCCCAUAUCAGUUACUGGUAACAAUUUUAAAUAAACGCGCCAACACUCUGAUGUCUAGGGGACAUCCAAACGAUUUUACGUUGAAGGUUUGCGGACAAGAGGAAUAUUUAAUAGGAGAUUAUCCUUUAAUACAGUUUAGUUAUAUUCAAGAUUGUCUAGCGAAAGAUAUUAUUCCUACGUUAGUCACUUUAAGCAGAGAUAGUGUCUCCGUUGAUCAGGAGAACAUGGUAGAAAAUGCAGAAGCGGAUGCGUUGCAACGUACAAGGCCUUCUUUUUCCACGUUGACGCUCCGGAAGAAAGGUAAACACGUAUCAGCUUGGAAGAUCGAGGAACCGUUUGUAUUUACCGUGAAUGAAAUAUCAAGAUUGAAUUGCGACGCUGCUCAUCGUACCGUAGAGAUCGGUCUCCAAGCUGGACUUUUUCACGGCGGCAAAUCUCUGUGUGAAAGUCAAAAGACAAAAGAGACGGUGGUGAACGCCGACGGUAGUUGUGAAUGGGAAGAGACCCUGAGGUUCGACAUUAAAGUGCGAGACAUACCGCGGAUGGCAAGGCUGUGUUUUGUUCUCUAUGAAAUUAGCAAAACCGCGAAAGGACUGAAGAGUCGUAGAUUAGUUAGGGACACCAAACAAGAGUUUUUUAUAAAUCCACUAUGCUGGGCUAAUACAACAAUAUACGAUUUUAAGUCUCAAUUAAAGACGGGCGCAAUGACUCUUUACACAUGGACGUACGCCGAGGAUAUGCAGAACGACGAUCUUCUUCAUCCUCUCGGAACUGUAGUGUCGAAUCCUCACAUAGACAGAGCGGCAGCUCUGAUGUUAACGUUUCCAAAUUAUGGAAAGGAGAAAUCCGUUCUUUAUCCAACCCCGGAGAAGAUGGUGGAGUACGCGAGGAAGUUACGGGAAUCCUCCUCUGAACGUUCGAUUCAGGAAGAACCCGAUCAAGAGUCGGAUGUUGGUAAGCUUCAGCAGUUGGAACAACUUAGGCUGCUGGCAGACAGGGACCCGUUGCACGAGCUCCACGAGCAGGAACGAAAGAUAAUGUGGACGUUGAGACACCACUGUCUACAUGAGAUCCCUACGCUGUUGGCUAAAUUAUUGCACUGCGUGGAGUGGAAUGAUCACAGGGAAGUGGCUGAAGCUACCGCAUUGGUACAGCAGUGGCCAAAGUUACCGGUCGAAAAGGCUCUAGAAUUAUUGGACUACGCUUACGCCGAUCAGAACGUUCGAAGUUUCGCCGUGCGUUGUUUAAUGGACGUCACCGACGAAGACUUGAGCUUAUAUUUAUUGCAACUGGUGCAAGCGUUAAAACACGAGAAUUACUUGUCCUGUGAACUGACGGAGUUCCUGCUUAGACGCGCGCUGAACAACCGGAGAAUCGGUCAUUUUCUAUUCUGGCAUCUUAGAUCUGAGAUGCAAGUGGGCGCCGUAUCCGUUCGCUUCGGCUUAAUAUUAGAAGCCUACUGUAGGGGAAGUCAGCAGCACAUGCGAUCGUUGUUUAAGCAAAUGGAGUGCCUAGGUAAAUUGAAAUGCGCUUCCGAACAGAUCAAACAGCGGAAAGAUCGCAAAGCCGCUUUGCAAGGGUUUCAAGAGUUUAUUCAAGAGCCUCAUUGCCAAGAGGCGCUCUCGAAUGUUUUGAACCCCUUGGAUCCUAGCUUUCGAUGGAAACGUAUCAAAAUCGAGAAGUGUCGAGUAAUGGACAGCAAAAUGCGGCCACUAUGGCUCGUUUUCGAAAAUUCAGAUCCAUUCGGCGACGACGUUUACUUGAUACUCAAACACGGUGACGACUUGAGACAGGACAUGCUCACGUUGCAAAUGUUGCGGAUCAUGGAUAAACUGUGGAAGAGAGAAGGUCUGGACCUGCGGAUGAAUCCCUACGGUUGUAUAUCGACGGAGAACAGAGUCGGUAUGAUCGAAGUGGUUCUGAACGCGGAAACGAUUGCGAACAUACAGAAAGAGAAAGGCACGUUCUCUGCGACAGCCGCCUUUAGACGAGGCUCUUUGCUCGCUUGGCUGAAAGAUCAUAAUCAUACCGAGGCAGCGUUGAAUAGAGCUAUCGAGGAAUUUACUCUAAGUUGCGCGGGUUAUUGCGUGGCCACGUACGUGCUCGGGAUUGCGGAUAGGCAUUCGGACAAUAUAAUGGUGAAGAAAACUGGUCAACUGUUUCACGUUGACUUCGGUCACAUACUCGGACAUUUUAAGGAGAAAUUUGGAUUCAGACGCGAACGUGUGCCUUUCGUCUUGACCAAUGACUUUGUGCAUGUGAUAAACAAGGGCCAGACGAAAAAAGGACAAGCUGUCGAAUUUCAACGGUUUCAGAGCCAUUGCGAGCAAGCCUUUCUUGUUUUACGGCAGCACGGAGGUUUAAUAUUGUCUCUGUUCGCUAUGAUGAUAUCGACGGGUCUGCCGGAAUUAUCCUCGGAAAAGGAUCUCAACUAUUUAAGGGACACCUUGGUGCUCGAGAUGUCCGAAAGCGAGGCACAAAAGCAUUUUAGAAGCAAAUUUGACGAGGCUCUGUGUAAUUCGUGGAAAACUUCGUUAAACUGGGCGUCCCACAACAUGUCGAAGAACAAUAAAACAACGUGAAGGAGUAUGCUCAUAGAGAAUACUGAAGAGCAGAAGUAGAGGGCGCAACGGAGGAGAACGAUCGAGGUCUCGCGCCUCGUUGAUAAUAGGAUGCUUGGCGAUAAAAGAAGAGACAGAAGAGAAAGAGUGAUCUGCGAAGGUGAUUUAUCGUUGUUCACCGCCAGUUGCCUUUCUCGUUGGCGCACACGUUAGCCAGCGCGUACAUACACGGGUACAUUAUUUCCAUCUUUAUUUUUCUUUCCAAUCUCCCUUUGCGAGCGCACACGCACGCAUCUGCCUGCCCGUCCGACCCUCCCGGGGUCGAUCCGUUUGUUCGUACACGAAAAUCUUCCCAAAUCCUCUCUGUCCCUUUGAUCAGACGGAAAGCGGAAUACGUAUACAGUACAUAUCAUUGGCCGAUAUCGCACGGGGAAUUUUCCAAAAAUAAAAGGCUCGUUCGAAAGGAACGCUUCGUGACAUGCCGCUUAUAAUCGUAUCAAAUUAUCGCCGCAAUAUCGUGGCUGUGUCAUUCGAGCAGUCCGUGUAAUUUUUCCAUUCAAGGCUGGAUGUUUGUUCGAUGGUUCGGAUGAGAGAAUCGUUCAAAUGUCAGAACCCCGAGUACCAUUGUAUCGAUAACAAUAAACGAAGUUAUUCUUCA